CCCAAUUAGGGAGCUCGGCUUGCCGUGAAACGGGAGGCCUUUAAAACGUGUAGAUCGGCUAAUAGCGUCGCCAGUCGAUUGCGAAACCUGAAAGUGGCGAAAAGUGGCGGAAGGAUGGAGUAUCCAUGGAUUAAAAUUAAACCCCUGCUGAUGCUGACUGUAUUAAUGUUCAUUUUCUUCUUCAGCUGCUGUCUGGGCGGCAAGACGACCACCAUCGUUAGCCACACAGACACCCUGGAUCCGCAGGCCGACGGCUUCUGGGCGAACAAGACCACUUGGAACGCUCGGUGGGUGAAGUACUGGCGGGCCAAGAAGAUCUACGAGCCGGUGUGGAAGAAGGUCUGGACACCCACCAUCCACAACGAGUGGGUGCCCCUGCCCAACGCCCCCAACGAGUGGGAGGCGGAAAAGGGCCAUUCGUACCAAUGACACUCGAGAGACUGAAACCUAAACUAAGAGUAUUUUAUAGUUAUUUAUCUUUUAUUUUGUAUUCAGUGGUAAUUAAAGUCUAGAGAUAAUUUAAA